UUAAUAAUUCCACAACAUUUUAAUUUCUCUGCUCUGGAUCUUUACUAUUUACCCCUUUUGACUCGUCGAAUCCAAGCUCAACAUUUCCUCGGGAUCGUAGAAGGACGUUCGGAUCGGGAUUCAAUGGCGGCAGCUCGACGCCUCCGGGAUCUCCAAUCGCAACCCGCAAACAAGAUCUGCGUGGACUGCUCCCAGAAGAAUCCGCAAUGGGCCUCCGUCUCCUACGGCGUUUUCAUGUGCCUCGAGUGCUCCGGCAAGCACCGCGGCCUCGGUGUCCACAUCUCCUUCGUCCGAUCCGUCACCAUGGACUCCUGGUCCGAGAUCCAGAUCAAGAAGAUGGAGGCUGGUGGCAACGACAACCUCAACUCCUUCUUAGCCCUCCGAGGAAUCCCUAAAGAAACCGAUAUCGUCUCCAAGUACAACACCAAAGCCGCUGCCGUUUACCGCGAUCGAAUCCAAGCAUUGGCUGAGGGCAAACCUUGGCGCGACCCGCCCGCCAGCAAGGAAACCCUCGGCGGCAGCGGCAGAAAGCCGCCACUUUCUCAAUCCUCGCCCAAGGAUAAUGGUGGUUGGGAUAGUUGGGAUAAUGAAGAUGCAAUUAGAUCUUCCGACGACAUGAGGAGGAACCAAUCCGUCGGCGAUUUUAGGGCUAAUGGUAGCGGCGCCAUGGCUGGUGGUCGCCCGAGGUCGAGAUCGACCGAGGAUAUUUAUACGAGAUCGCAAUUGGAGGCCUCUGCUUCUAAUAAAGAAACCUUCUUUGCCAGAAGAAUGGCAGAGAAUGAGUCGAGGCCCGAAGGUCUCCCGCCUUCUCAAGGUGGCAAGUAUGUAGGGUUUGGAUCGGGCCCUCCGCCUUCCCAGAUGAAUAAUUCACAACCAGACGUAUUGUCUGUUGUCUCCCAGGGAUUGGGGAAGUUGUCUUUGGUGGCGGCUUCAGCAGCUCAGUCAGCUGCUACUGUUGUCCAAGCAGGCACCAAAGAGAUCAGCUCUAAGGUGAAAGAAGGUGGUUAUGAUUACAGGGUGAACGAAACUGUCAAUGUUGUGACUGCAAAAACAACAGAGAUUGGACAAAGAACUUGGGGGAUUAUGAAAGGUGUCAUGGCAAUGGCUACACAGAAGGUCGAGGAAUAUGCCAAAGAUGGCGGGUGGAAGAAUGAGAGCGAGAGUAACGGUUAUUAUCAGGAGUUCAAUAAGCAAGAUAACAGAGGAUGGAAUUCUAACCCUAGUGCUGCAGCCGGACAGUCUUCAUCAGGCGGAAAUGGUAGCUCGAGUGGGAACUACAAUUCAAGUGGAAGCAAUCAUACAAGUGGCAACUGUAGUUUAGGUGGGAAUAUUAACAAUUCGCAUAGUUCAUGGGAUGAUUGGGAUCAGAAGGAGACGAGGAAAGUAGAUAGCAAAAAGCCCACUGGAUCAAACAGCGGUGGUGAUGCAUGGGCUGGAUGGGAUGAUGGGAAAGAUGAUGGAUUUGAUGAUAACUUCUACCAGCCUGCUGCGAAUAACAAGAAAGCUACUGGCAACAAUGGGAAACCAGAUUCUUCAUGGACAGGCAGAGGUUUUGAUUAAGAUUCGUCGGCUUUCAGUUUGGCGCAGAUCAUGAGUUUUCCCUGUAAUGAUGGUGGGCUCGGCUUCUACAUUGGGCUGGUGGGGUUGCAAUGGUGGCAAAUUGUUUGGUGAGGAUCUGUAAUAUUCCAAUUUCAAGUGAAGGGUGGCCGUGGAUCAGAUCCUUAACAAUUGAGGGGAUGCAUCCAUGGAGGAUGGUAUAUUUUUCUGAAGACAUAUCGGGUCUUUCGUUCUCUUUUUUAUUUCCCUUUCUUGGUGGAAUCAUUUCUAUUGGAUCUCCAUUCCUUCGAGGGAAUUUGUUGCGUGUGAAACAGGGAGAAUUGAGUUUUCUUUCUGUCCUUUCUUAUUUCGCCGGGUUGGAAUAUUAUUCUGGGGCUUCGAAGGUCGAAAAAGUUGCUUUUCGAUAUAUAUUUGUAAUGCUGCUGUAAUCAAAUUUGUGUAUCAUUUUCGUUUCUUUCAGCAACCGGUCCUCUCUACAAAGGUUGUCAAACCAAAGUCAGACCGGUCGAAAACUCUGUCUUCUUUCAUUUUGUGUUAUUAGGAUUGACAAAUGUUUCUUCAUAGGAAUACCAACUCAAUCUUCAUUGUAUCAAUCAAUAUUAUAUAUUUUGACGAGGCAGAUGUAGGUUGUCUUGGUAUAGAUUCAUAUCCAGUAAUUUUGUAAAAAACGGCAUAAACUGGUACAAGAACCGGUUGUACCACGGUAGAAACAUUCCACUUACGAAAUCGACGUACCGGCGUAAACCAAUUUGACAACUUAGUCGGAAACCAUUCAAAACCAG